AUGUCCGAAGAACAAAAGCAGGCAGCUGGUAGCCCACUUCACACUGUGGGAUUUGACGCCAGAUUUCCUAACCAGAACCAGACGAAGCAUUGCUGGCAAUCAUAUGUGGACUACUACAAGUGUGUCAAUAUGAAGGGUGAGGAUUUCGCUCCAUGCAAAGUUUUCUGGAGAACGUUCUCUUCUUUGUGUCCAGUUGACUGGGUGGAAAAAUGGGACGACCAGAGACAGAACGGGAACUUUGCAGGUGAUAUCAAUCCAUAA